AGUCGGGAAGUUCUUGUUGACCAAGCAGUUCCUCUCGAAGUCAAUCUUGCAUAAAGAAAGGGUUGCAGUUGAAUCGAAGGAGGAAGGAGGAAGGAGGAAUUUUCAGCGACCAUGAAUCUUGAAUACUCCUGUUCUUUGUUCCACUGCAAACUUUUCCGUUGGAGAAUUGUCGUUGAAUUUGUUCGAUAAUAUAAAUAAUGCUUCCAUGUCCCUUAAUUUCCGGCAAGCUUUUCCGGCAACCGUCGACGACCGGCUGAAUUCCUGGUAUGGAUCAAAUCCUCACCCAGAUCCUCGACGCCUGCCGGCAGGCUCAGGACCUUGACCGCUCGCUCCGCCUCUCCGACGUCGCCCUCGACCCCGACUUCCUCCUCGCCACCUGCGAAGACCUCGCCGCCGCCUUCCAUCAGGCCGCCGCCGCGCUUCGCGCCCGGGUGCUCCCGUUCGAGCCGCCCCGAGUGGAGCAGCAGGGGGCGCAACUCUCCCCCCUGCGCCGGGAGUCUCCGUCGGAGAGACGGCUGUCGAAGAAGAGGAAGAAGGGGGCGGUGACGAGGACGGUUCCGGCGGUGAGGAUCGGCGAUGCCGUCGUUCCUCUCGACGAUGGAUACACCUGGAGGAAGUACGGCCAAAAGGACAUUCACAAUUCCAAAUUCCCCAGGAGCUACUACCGGUGCACCCACAAGAGCUUCUACGGCUGCGGGGCGAAGAAGCAAGUGCAGAUGCUCGACGACGACCCCUCCACCUUCGAGGUCACCUACCGCGGGGAACACACCUGCCAGACCUCCACCACGCCGCUCUUCAUCCCCUCCAUCCCCGUCGACGUUGAGAACAGAGGCCCCGUCGACGGCGAGGGCUCUACGGUCCAGUUGCAUCUCCAAGCCAUGGCGGGGCCGUCGUCGUCUUCGCAACCGCAAAUCCACAGUUGGCUGGGAGGCGAAAACAGAGGCCCCGGCGACGGCGAGGGCCUUUCGGGCCAGUUGCAGCUCCAAGCCACGGCGGGGCCGUCGUCGUCGCAACCGCAAUUUCAAAGUUGGCUGGGCGGCGAGAUCAGAGGCCCCGGCGACGGCGAGGACCCUUCGGCCCAGUUUCAGCUCCAAGCCAUGGCGGGGCCGUCGUCGUCACAACCGCAAUUUCAAAGUUGGCUGGGCGGCGAGAACAGAGGCCCCGGAGACGGCGAGGACCCUUCGGCCCAGUUGCAGCUCCAAGCCAUGGCGGGGCCGUCGUCGUCGCAACCGCAAUUUCAAAGUUGGCUGGGCGGCGAGAACAGAGGCCCCGGCGGCGGCGAGGACCCUUCGGCCCAGUUUCAGCUCCAAGCCAUGGCGGGGCCGUCGUCGUCGCAACCGCAAUUUCAAAGUUGGCUGGGCGGCGAGAACAGAGGCCCCGGCGGCGGCGAGGACCCUUCGGCCCAGUUGCAACUCCAGGCCAUGGCGGGGACGUCGUCUUCGCAACCGCAAGUCCUCAGUUGGAUGGGCGGCGUUGGCAGCGGACAGGCAGCGACGGCGAGGCAGGGCGGCGGCAGAGACGUGGAUGUCUCGGUGGCGGAGCUCGCCGACGCGAUGUUUAAUAAUCCGGGGAGCAGCGGAAGCAGCAGCAUGGACGCCAUCUUCCCGCCGAAGAGAGGAAAUUAAUCGAAUAAUCUGCCAAAAAAAAAAAAAGGGUUGAAUUUGAGUAGAAUUGAUCUCAAAAUUGGCAAUUAGAAUUAAUUCUUCUCAAAUUUGUCUCA